AUGGAGUUAUUAGCAGCAACUAUGCUUUUCUGUACAUUCUUAUACUUAGUUUUUUCGUUAGCCAAGUUUGUAUGUCGGAGAGGCCAAACGUGCUAUAUGAUCGAUUACGAAUGCUACAAGGGAAACAAGGAGAUGAAGCUGGAUACCGAAGAAUGUGCGAGGAUUGUUUCACGUAACAAGAAUCUUCGAAUCGAAGAUUACAAGUUUCUGUUGAAAACGAUCGUUAAUUCUGGGAUUGGUGAAGAAACUUAUGCCCCAAGAAACAUAAUCUUGGGCGAAGAAGAACAGCCUAAACAGGUUGAUUCUUUAUCAGAAAUGGAGACAGUAUUCUACGAGACGCUUGAUAGAAUUUUCGAAAGAUCAAAGAUUUCGCCAUCUCAAGUUGAUAUACUCGUGGUGAAUGUGUCUCUACUGUCUGUAGUUCCUUCUUUAACGUCUAGGAUCAUAAAUCAUUACAAAAUGCGGUCGGAUAUAAAGUCAUUUAAUCUCUCGGGAAUGGGGUGCAGUGCGAGUUUGGUUGCGAUCGAUCUGGUUCAGCAGUUGUUCAAGACUCAGAAGAAGAGAUUAGCCAUUGUUGUGAGCUCAGAAUCAAUGGCAGCUAACUGGUACUGUGGGAGAGAAAGGUCUAUGAUGCUUUCCAACUGUCUUUUUCGCGUUGGAGGUUGUUCGAUGCUUUUAACCAACGACAUGGCUCUCAAGAAACAAGCCAUUUUGAAGCUCAAGUGCAUGGUUCGAACCCAUUUUGGCUCCAACGAUGAAGCUUACAGCUGCUGCAUGCAAGUAGAAGAUGAUCAAGGCUACGGAGGCUUUCGUCUCACAAAAUCUCUCACAAAAGCAGCUGCAAAAUCUUUAACAAAAAACCUACAAGUUCUUCUACCAAAAGUUCUUCCACUUUGGGAGAUAAUUCGUUAUGCAACCCUCAAAAGUGGUUCCAAAAUCAACCUGAAAGCUGGAAUCGAACACUUCUGCGUUCACCCAGGUGGAAGGGCUGUGAUUGAUGAAGUGGGUGUAAGCCUAGGGCUAACCGAAUACGAUCUUGAACCAGCUCGAAUGGCUCUUCAUCGUUUUGGCAACACAUCUGCUGGCGGGUUGUGGUAUGUGUUAGGGUACAUGGAAGCAAAGAAAAGAUUGAAGAAAGGUGAUAGAAUCUUGAUGAUUAGUUUGGGUGCAGGUUUCAAAUGCAACAACUGCGUUUGGGAGGUGACAAGAGAUUUGGAUGGAAAGAAUGUGUGGGAAGAUGUGAUUGAAAACUAUCCACCAAAGGUGACGAUAAACCCAUUUCUAGAGAGGUAUGGAUGGAUCAAUGAUGAAGUUAUGGCUUUUAUUAGACCAGAAGAUAUAGCUCGGAUGCUUGGUUUUGCCUAG